UUCAGCACAAAGGUCCAUGUCGGUGUCGACGGACUCGGCAACCCGUUGAGAUUCAGGUUGACCGGAGGGCAGGAGCACGAUGUCACUCAGGCUGAGGAACUCAUAGACGGACUCGAUAGUGAGUAUGUGGUCGCAGACCGAGCAUACGACUCCAACCAGUUCAUCGAGUCGAUCAUUAGGAGCGGUGCAGUUCCGGUGAUACCUCCUCGCUCCAACCGGAAGGCGGCCCACUCAUACGACGAGUAUCUCUACCGGGAGCGUCAUCUCGUCGAAUGCUUCAUUGGCAAGAUCAAGCACUUCCGCCGCAUCUUCUCCCGGUUCGACAAGUUGGCGAACAGAUACCUCGGGUUCCUCCAUUUCGUCGGUGCGCUCAUAUGGCUAAGAUGA